AUGUCCUCGUUCACAUUGCUACUCUGCACCCUUUUCUCUUCUUCCAUGGCAUUUCAAAGCUCGUCGUUGUCAAUUCAACAAGAAGCAAGAUUGUUGAAGUUGGCAUCAUCAUCGCCAUCACUCAGACAGGAACUUCCGUGGUCACAGCAAAGAAGAAGAGCUUCCGCCACGAUUCUGGGAGUCGGCUUUUCCAUGGAAAGCAAUGAUGACGUCCAGUAUCUAUACGCAAAAGCUAGAGAUUGUGCCUACAGUGCUGAAGAUGGUGGGGAAGAAUGUUCCAUAGACGAUGCUACUCAUCUCCUCCAAGACUUGACAUUUCUUCUCUCCCAGUGCACCUAUGGGAAUAUGCGAAACCAGAACACCGCCAUAUGCAAAGAUCAAGAUGUCGCUGCUGACAUUGUAUCGAGAUUACGAGUGAAGGCAUCUUCGUCUUCCUCGAGUGCAUCUGCAGUGGUGGCAGGAGCAGCACCUGUGGUAGAAUCGGAGGAAGAGGAACAAAGCAUAACAUGGAAAUCUACUUUUGCCAAGUUGGAGCUGCCCGUGGCGGUUCUCUACUACUUUGCCUGCAUCUUUUUCAUGAUGAACUAUGGUCAUUAUGGCGUCAAUGACGUCGAUAUCGCAGAGACCACUGCCAAAGUCCACGAGUACUACACAUCGACCACUACUCUUCCACCGUCAUUCUUUCAUCAUGGAAUUUUCUAA